GUAAACAUUGGCUAUUAAAUGUAUUGAUAUGAUAUCAAUAAUGUAAUGGGUUAUUGAUCAAGGAUAUCGAUACCACGUCACAGUUCAAGAUUCAGAUGUAUUAUUAAAGGAACAGGGAGCUGAGAUCAACAUAUUUUACAGAGGAUGGGAUGUGGAGGAUCCACCCCAACUCGGGAAGAUCGAGCAGGAUAUAAUAAUCAAAAUGGUGGAUACACUGAUCCCUACCCUGACCCCUACUACCCUGAACAAAACGAUAACGUUCAUAAAGGUUUGACAGAAUAUAUACCAGACAGCGCAGUAGAAUACGUAGAUGACAUACUCAACGAGAGAGGUUAUGAAGAUGAAAGGGCACCUAUUCCAAAGCCUCAACCUCGACAUCCCAAAAUUGACGAAACAGAUAAAUUGAAAUCUGAUUCGGUGGACUAUAAACCAACGACAGUUGGAACAUACGAAGCUUACCGUGAUUUCCGUCAUAGUGGUGAACCGUUUGAUGACGAAGACCGACCGUCUGUUGCACCAGGAGAAUUGUGGGUAGAUGAAGGUUUUACGCUCUAUGAAGCAAUAAAAGGACCAGAUAGCGAAGGUUUAGAAUGGAAACGGCCAUUUGAAUUUUGUGAGAGUCCUGUGUUGUAUUCUGAUGGUACAACAAGGUUUGAUAUAGGUCAAGGGUCAGCUGGUACUUGUUGGUUUCUAUCUAUGGUGGCAAGUGUCUCGGAAAAAACAGAACUUUUAAAGAGAGUUAUUCCACAUGACUCAUAUAGAUUUAACACAGAUCGAUAUGAUGGUAUUUUCUACGCUAAAUUCUGGAGAUUUGGACAGUGGGAUAAUGUUUUUAUUGAUGAUUUUUUACCGGUUAUUUACGGUGAUCAACUGUGGGGAGCGAAAUCUGCUACUGAUAAAAAUGAGAUGUGGGUUGCCUUGUUAGAAAAGUCAUUUGCCAGAUUAUUUGGUGCAUACAAUGAAGUAUAUGGUGGCCAACCUGGUGAUGCCUAUUUAGCUCUAACAGGUGGUGUUGUCGAGAGAAUUGACUUUGACGAGAAAAAGAUCAGACCAGAAAAACUCUUUCAACGGGUCAAAAAUUCUCUACAGAGUCGUUCCCUUGUGUCCUGUGUUGUUCCUGAGGAGUAUGAUGAAGUAAUGGGUUUAAUUGGAGGCCACGCCUACUCUUUAAAUGGAACAGCUAUGGUUCAAACGGGAAAUGGUGAAAACGUACGUCUGGUUCGUGUGAGGAAUCCAUGGGGUCACACAGAAUGGAACGGAGCUUGGAGUGAUGGGAGUGCUGAAUGGCAGCAGUUACCUCCAGGAACUGUAGAAAAUCCAGUAAAAGAUGAUGGCGAGUUUUGGAUGGCAUUAGAAGAUUUUCUACAAUAUUUCUCCCAGUUAACAAUAUGUUCGAUAACACCAGAUAUAGAUUGUGAUGGUAGUGCAGAUUGUCUCAGUCAUGUGAUGUGUAUAUAUGGUGAAUGGAAGGGAGAGACAGCAGCAGGUUUUCCUGAUCGUGUCAAUAAUCCACGGUAUAUAUUUACUGUUGGUAACGAAGGUAUGACAGGUGAUGGUAUGAUACCGAUAGUUAUACAAGUUAUACAGAGGACAGUACAUAGAAAGGCUGACAGGUUCUCUAUUAGAUGUGAUCUAUAUCAGGUAUCUGGAGAGAAAUUGGCGUCGGUGCCAUCGUAUGUUUUAGAGAUGGAAGGUGGAGAUGACGAGACCAAUGUUUAUUCACCAGAAAUACAGACGACUCACAGACAUCACGUGAAACCAGGGAAAUACGCUGUUAUACCUUCGUGUAUUGAACCAGGACAGGAAAAAGAAUUUUUAGUCCGAAUUUUUUCUGUUUCUCCUCUUCAAGAUGUCAGAGAAAUGUCAAGAAGUGCUGUAAUUAUGUCAUGUGAGCAGGAGAAAGUUUUACAAUAUAAUGGACAAGAACUUACAUUAGAUAGAUGUAGGACUAUAUUUGGAGAAUGGAGGCAAGGUAUGAAUGCAGGAGGACAGGUGUCAAAUAGAGAAACUUUCAGUACAAAUCCACAGUUUUAUUUUACAGUACCUAAUUCAGGUGAAUUAGAACCAGUUGUAUUUCAUGUUAUGCAGGAGCAGGAUGAUAAUAAAUCUCCAGUUGGUCUACGACUUUUCCCGUAUAAUGGAUCUGUAUCACUACCUCUUGAUGUUGAUUACAUGUAUAAUGUCUACGAAAGUAGUCCCCAGAAUAUAGACGGACAACAGGGAAAGUUUGUGGUGACGUGGGAUUUAGAUGUUAAGUAUGUUUUACCUGCAGGAGAAUACAUUGCCUUAAUACACAUGGACAAGCCAACAGAUGAAGCAAAAUAUGCUCUAACUAUCAAAUCUAAACAUGAUUUAAAUAUCACUGCCUAUCAAGCUGGUUAGUAAAAUAAAGCAAUAAUUAACAACAUUUCAACUUGAAUUAUUAACACAGGCUUAAUGUUUGAGUUCUCCUAGAUAAUAUGGACUUAUUUAAUUUCUAAAUGCAACCACUUCCCCAGCCCCUUCACAAUCCAGCUUCCUUAAUUAAUGAUUCUAGUAUAAAUGCCAUUAAAUAACAAAACUUCCAGGAGGAUUCAUAUAUAAUUUUAUGAUAUUUGAACCAGGGCUGAUGUUUCAACUCAUAUUUUAUGAUAUUUGAACCAGGGCUGAUGUUUCAAGUCAUAUUUGCCAAUCUUGCCGAUGUUACCUGUCAGUCAAUUAAAAAGCCAUAAAAUUAAAAUUUCAAAGCACAAUAAAUAAAGUUAAAUUUAUAGGUUAACUAAGAAGGGACAUUUGUAAACAUAUAUAAAAGCAUUGGAAUAUGAUAAAAAUUGUUACAUACUUAGGAAAGGAAAUCAUGUUUAUACCAAGUAAACAAAAUACAUCAAAACUCGAAGUGACAGCCCUUAUUUGCCCCCCCCCCCCUUGCCCUCCAAUUCUUCCAAUACAAUUGUUUAUGCAAUCUCCAUCAUACAAUCCUCAUUGUAAACUAUAUCAAUAUGGGGAUAUAUCAUGGAUAGUCAAACUAUAUCAAUAUGGGGAUAUAUUAUUAUACAGAAGCCUGGUUUUAGAAUCAAAGAUGAAGAAUCUCUGUAUGUUGUUAAAAUUGUUUGUUUCCUUCCAUUUGUUGAUAUAAUUAUUAUAGCCAAAUAUCAUUAUAUUAUUGUAUUUUAUUUAUUUGUGUUCAGAUAUUUAUAUUAUAUGAGUGUUAUUAAAAUGAGAUUCACCAUCGAAUCUCCAAAUAUAUAUAACUCAUUUAUUAAAGGGGUGAUUCCAAAUAUGUUUAGUGAAAUAAAUGUGUUAAUUCCUUGGGGAAGGCUCUUACACUGAACAGUGAAUUUCCUGAAAUAGGUUGCAAUAAGUUUCAGACUGGUGCAUCGUUCACUUGUAAACUACAUUAUUGCGAAAGUUUAAUCUUUAAUAAGAAUAUCAGUCCAAAAAUGGUUCAGUUCAGUAUUUAAGUUGAAUUGAUAUUUGAUUGAUCUGUGCUGCCUGAUAUCCAAUAAACCAGCUGCCAUUUUGUUGUUUGCCCACAUAAUAGUGUGGCCUAUGUUAAAUCCGAUUGAAUCCUUGCUGGGAUAUUAUCUAGGUAUUUUGAUUUGAGUUAAUUAAUUAAUUAAUUGUUAAAUAAUCAAUAUUUAGCGUGCAUUACACCAGAUACAUUUUAUAUUUUAUCGAAAAUGCAAAUGAUCAAACCUUUAAGUGAAUGGCUCGAUAUUUUGAGCUCAAACUUUCAGAGAGCCUAAUUCUUCACAUAUGAUCAAACCUUGAACUGCUCUUUUAAACUUUAUAAUUUGUUUUUAAUCUCAAAAUGUUAUGUCUUCUAAUUGUUAAGUUUAUGU